AUCGGAUGUCAAUUUUGGCCCAAUAAGUAGAACUUAGCCUAGGGUUUAUGAUUUUAUAUAUUCGGCUGCAUCUAUCUAUCUAAUCUCUAUUUCUGCACCUCAACAGUGUCGCGAAGGAGCCAGCGGCUGAAGAACUGAAUCAUGGCGACCCCUCCAAGGACUCUGUCGACUAAGGAGGCCGACAUUCAGUUGAUGUUGGCUGCCGAAGUUCACCUCGGCACCAAAAAUUGCGAUUUCCAGAUGGAGCGCUAUGUAUUCAAACGCCGCAACGAUGGAAUUUACAUUAUCAAUCUUGGAAAGACAUGGGAAAAACUGCAGAUGGCUGCCAGAGUUAUUGUUGGUAUUGAGAAUCCUCAGGACAUAAUUGUCCAAUCUGCUAGACCUUAUGGUCAGAGAGCUGUUCUGAAAUUUGCUCAGUACACUGGUGCUAAUGCUAUUGCUGGGCGUCACACCCCUGGAACAUUCACCAACCAGCUUCAGACAACUUUCAGCGAGCCAAGGCUUCUUAUUCUAACGGAUCCAAGAACUGACCAUCAGCCUAUCAAAGAAGCUGCUCUGUAUAAUAUCCCCACAAUUGCCUUCUGUGAUACUGACUCACCUAUGCGUUAUGUCGAUAUUGGAAUUCCCGCCAAUAACAAGGGAAAGCACAGUAUUGGCUGCCUGUUCUGGCUUUUGGCUAGGAUGGUGCUGCAGAUGCGCGGUGUUAUUGCUCCCGGUCACAAAUGGGAUAUCAUGGUUGAUCUGUUCUUCUAUAGGGAGCCAGAGGAGGCUAAGGAAGAAGAACAGGAGGAAGCUCCAGCUCUGGAUUAUGCUGAUUAUGGUGCUGCUGCAAUUGGAGCUGAUUGGUCUAGUGCUCAAAUUCCAGAGGCUCAAUGGGCUCCUGAUUUGCCUAGUGCAGCUCCACCAGUUGCCAGUGGUUGGGCAGCUGCUGAUACAGGUCCUGAUGGAUGGGAUGCAGCUGCCGCUCCACCAGUUGAUGCUGCACCAACGGCAAUUCCACCAACAGCUGCUCCUGUUGACAUUGCCCCGACUGGAUGGGAAUGAAAGACUUCUGCCUCCUUUUUUUAAAUUUAUGAUCCCCGUUUAGAAGUGUGCGUUUUUGUACCGAAUUACACAUAAUCGUCAUUUCAUAGACCUGAAUGAAUUUUUGUAGAAUGUUUUAGAAGUUGUUUUACGUCCAAAUUUUAUGUUGUUUUCGGCGGCCAUAAUGUGCUGCGUGUGUUUUCA